CUCUUCUGAGAAACUUCAUACUUUGUUUUUGAGAAGAACAUCAAUUUCAACCUUCCCAACCUAUUUGCUUUUUUGGUAUCCCAGCAAGACCCAUCAUCCCAAUUUUGAUUUCCAGAUCAAUCAAACCCAAAAACAAAAUAUAAUUUCAAGUACUUUUUUUCUUUUGUUGGGUUCAAAACUGAUCAAAACCAGAGUCCAAUGAAUAAAUCAAAUUCCUUUUACUUACACUUCUUAUUUUAUUAAUAUGUGUAGUUUAUCUUUCCAAAAGAUGGAGAAUUAUCAAGGCGAUUUGGCAGAUAUAGUUCGUGCAGGUGGUAGCAGUUCUGGAACUAGUACAAACAACCCAGUUUUAGACUGGCAAUUCCCUUCAGAACCCACCAAUUUUCAGUCCAUGUUAGAACAAGGCGGCGGCGGCAGCGGCACCGAUGAUUUCGGCGAUCCUUUCUCUAAUUCGCGCGAUUCAUUGCUUCAAGAACUUGGAAUUGCAGGCUUUGAUAGCUCAAAUUCUAGUACAGGCUUGGUUCAGAUGAAUAUCCAAGAGAGUAGUAGUAGUAGUAAUAUUACUGGUAAUCUUCUUGCUCAGAAAAUUUUGGAUGAAGAGAUGAGGCCUUGUAAUAUCUUCUCAAGGAUGCUUCAGAUCUCACCUAAUACAGCUAUGCCAGUUUCCCCUCAUGGCAUAUCUACCAUGACAGCUUCACCUAGAGGAAUUAAGACUUCUUCUUUAGCUGCUAAUGAUAUACUUAGGGUUAACAACUCCACAGGUUGCUCCAUAGAGAAUGGAGGAGUUCAGAUCUCCUCACCACGAAAUCCGGGUAUCAAGAGAAGAAAGAGCCAGGCAAAGAAGGUGGUUUGCAUCCCAGCACCAGCAGCUGCAAACAGCAGGCCUAGUGGAGAAGUAGUGCCAUCAGAUCUCUGGGCAUGGAGAAAGUAUGGUCAGAAACCCAUCAAAGGUUCUCCUUAUCCAAGGGGCUAUUAUAGAUGCAGCAGCUCUAAAGGUUGCUCUGCAAGGAAACAAGUCGAGAGGAGUAGAACUGAUCCCAACAUGUUGGUCAUUACCUACACCUCUGAACAUAAUCAUCCAUGGCCAACCCAAAGAAAUGCUCUUGCUGGCUCAUCCAGAUCUCAGCCUGCAAAGAACAACAACACAGCUUCAAAGAGCUCACCAUCUUCACAAACCCAAAAAUCCACAAAUUUGAAGGAAGAACAUAAGGAAAACACUAGUGAUCAUAGUGUGCCACCCACUAUUCCCAUGGGAUCAGCAGCUUCUACAGCUAUUAAGGAGGAAGAGAUGAUUGAGUCAGAAAAAGCAGUAGACAUGGAUGACAGUGAAUUCAAUCAAGGUUUCCCUCAGAGUUAUAGGCCGGCACCUCCAGACUCUGACCAAUCUGAUAGCUUCUUUGCAGAUCUGGCAGAAUUGGAACCAGACCCACUAAAUCUCUUACUUUCUCAAGGAUUUAAUGGAGAGAAAAUGGAUGAAGAAAGAGAUAACAAAGCCUUAGAUCCCUUCAGCCUCUUUGAUUGGACAGGGAACAACUGAUGAUAAUUACAUAAAUUGUAGGUGGGGUUUAUGGCAAACAGAAGCAAAGCCCACUAAGACAACUUUAGUUACACUCUUGUGGUUCAAUUCAUUCACUGGUUAUGAACCUUAAAAAUCCAUUAUCAUAUUAUAUUUAUUGUUAUUUCCAGAAACUACAGUCUGCAGAUUAGGAAAAGAGUAUAGAGUUUUGAUUGAUUUUGAACAGACUCAUGAUACCCACAUUCUUUGGAAAUACUAGUGGAUGGGACAGAAAGUAGAGGAACAGAAGCUCUCACUAGUUAAAACCAAGUACAUGUCUUAGACAUGAUUGAAAAGCCCUGCAAGAGAGUUGAUAUAAGAUGGGUCCUCUUUUUUCUUCUUUCCAUUCUCUUACCUUUCAAAGUGGGGAAAAUCAUUCAAG